GGGGUAGAAUGAAGAUUGUUGGGGUAGAAAAUUUUUUUUUGCACACCCCUACUUAUGGCAAGGGUCCAUAUCAGAAUCCGUCCAUUUUCAACACUAAUUUCAACAUCCCAUUGGACUGAUUUUUGCAAUUGAAAUUACAUUCAACAUGACCAUUGCUCUUGGUCUAAGACGACGUCGUUGAGUUCGUGGGUAUCUUUCUUCUGCAAUUGAACUUCACACUGCGACUGCGAACAAGAAGAAAAUGUCAUCACUGUUUAUGAGAUUAACAAGGUUUCCUUCAAAACCCUUUUUUCCCUUUACUUUAAGGUUAUUCUCUCACUCUCACAAUGUUAAUGAUGCUAUUUACUCAUUCAAUCGAAUGCUACAAAUGCGUAAUACUCCUUCCAUUAUUGAAUUUACCAAGAUUUUAUGUUCCCUUGUUAAAAUGAAGAACAAUUACUCAACUGUUAUUUCCCUUUCCCAACAAAUGGAAUUCCAUGGAAUUAGGUCUGACAUUUUCACUAUCACCAUUUUGAUCAAUUGUUAUUGUCACAUUGGUCAAAUGACUUAUGCAUUUUCUCUAUUGGGAAAGAUUCUUAAGAUGGGUUAUCAGCCGAAUAUCGUAACCUUGACAACCCUUAUAAAAGGCCUUUGUCUUAAUAAUGAGAUUCAGAAAGCAUUGUACUUUCAUGAUGAUCUUAUCGCUAAGGGUUUUCAGCUCAACCAUGUUAGUUACGGGACAUUGAUCAAUGGCUUGUGUAAAAUGGGACAUACAACACCUGCCCUCCAACUGUUGAGACGGCUCGAAAAAGGAUCAGUCAAGCCUGAUUUGGUAAUUUACAGUACAAUCAUUGAUAGCAUGUGCAAAGAUAAGCUUGUAGAUGAUGCUUGUCAAUUAUUUUCUGAAAUGGUUAUCAAGGGUAUUUCGCCUACUGUUGUCACUUAUAGUGCUCUAAUCUAUGGUUUUUGUAUUGUGAAUAAAUUAAAAGAAGCAAUUGUUUUGUUGAACGAAAUGGUAUCGAAAAACAUCAACCCAGAUGUUUAUACCUUUAAUAUAUUGAUCGAUGCGUUUUGUAAAGAGGGAAAGAUGAAAGAAGCUAAAAGAAUUUUAGCUGUGAUGAUGAAACAACGCAUGAAACCUAAUGUAGUUACUUAUAGUACUUUAAUGGAUGGGUUCUGCCUUCGUAAUGAAGUGAGCAAGGCCAAAUAUAUAUUCAACACUAUGGUCCAAAGGGGAAUGAUGCCCAAUGUUAAGAGCUACAGUAUUAUGAUCAAUGGGUUCUGUAAGAGUAAAAUGUUGGAUGAAGCCAUCAAUCUCUUUGAAGAAAUGCAUUUCAAAAAUAUCUUUCCCGAUACGGUAACUUACAGCACUCUUAUUGAUGGUUUGUGCAAAUCAGGGAGAAUUUCCUAUGCUUGGGAGCUUGUUGAUGAGAUGAGUGACAGAGGUCAACAACCCGAUGUAAUCACCUACAAUUCCUUCUUGCACACUUUGUGCAGAAAUCAUCAUCUUGACAAGGCAAUUGCAUUAGUCAAGAAAAUUAAAGACCAAGGUAUCAUGCUAGAUUUGUACACGUACAGUAUCCUAAUUGAUGGACUUUGCAAAGGUGGGAGGCUUAAUGAUGCACUAAAGGUUUUUAAUGAUCUUUUGGCUAAAGGAUACAAUCUAAAUGUGGUAAUUUACAACACUAUGAUUUGUGGACUUUGUAACGAGGGCUUGUUUGAUGAAGCAUUAGAUUUGUUGUCAAAAAUGGAAGAUAAGGGUUGCUUUCCCGAUGCUGUCACUUUUGAAAUAAUGAUUUGUGCACUCUUUGAAAGCGGUGAGAAUGAUAAAGCAGAGAAACUUCUACGUGAAGUGAUUGCUAGAGGUCUACUUUAAGAGCAAAACCAGGUUGCAAACCAAGACCUUUAUGUGAUGUACCAUGAAAGUGAACAGAUAUCUUGACUUCAUGCAAGAAAGAGGCAUGGUGUACGGCCCUCUGUCUGUCGUAUUGUUAUAAAAGAGAGAAACUUGAAUGUUGAAAGAGGCAUGGUCUUAACUUGUGAUUGUGACAGGAUUGAACAACUUUUUCACCAAAACCAAGCUGAUUUCAAGCUCAGAACUCUACAUCUAUAGCCCAACCUAGCAGAUUUUUUCAGCAUGAUCUUCAUUUUUGCAGGUUACGUUUAGGUAAGGUGGAUACUUUCUUCUUCGGUCCCCACAUUUGGCGCUUUGACACCUUCCAUUUCUUUCUCACUAUUAGCCAAAAAACACUUACAAUCUUUUCUUCCAGUAUCAAAUAUCUAAUCUGUCUAGUAGUUUGCACAGCUCUAAAUUAGAGAAGGUGGAUGGAUUAGACUUUUUUGAAAUCUUUCGAUGAUGCCGAUAUUUUCUCAACUACUCAUCCAUGAUGACAUGAACGCCUUAAGUUUUCUUCAUGUUUAUAGCUUUGAAAUCUCUCCACAAAUUCAUAACUUUCAUAUCUUGUUCUCUGAGUUAUAUAUGAACAUUUUGAUGAUUUCGGUUAUUUUCAUAUUAAUAGCUUCCACAAAUUCAGAACCUGCAUCCUCUUUCUUCUUUCACUACUUUGCAAAGACCAUAUUGUUUUCUUUGUAUUCAUUCAGCUGAAGGAAAUUCCCAGAUUGGAAAAACUAGAGAGUAGAUUAUUAAGCAUGUAUUUGGAUAUAUGUUGGAAGAGACAUUCUUAUAUCCCUAUUCAACAAAUGAAAUAGGAAAAAAUGCUCCAAGGUAUAAGAUAUUGUUAGCAUAAUUUGCAACACAUUUUUCAUGUUUAAAUGUAAACAAUCGAUUCUGAUAGUGAUAUGUGAAAAUCUCUUUCUGGUUCAAGGUAUAAGAUAUUGUGUUGAAAAUAGUUACUUAACAUUAUUAAUGCAUGGAGAUUUAUUUUUGUGAGCAUUGUUAGUGCUGGAAAUUCCGCCUUCAUUACGGUCCGGCCACAUCCGCCUAAUUGCGGCAUUUGGGUUGCCUUCAUUGCAGCCUCCAACAUCUUCAUUGUGUUGGGUGUGAAGUGGUGGAUUUAGUCUCACAUUGCUAAGAGAUAUGGCCCGUGUAGCAUUUAUAUAGCUUGGGCAACCCUCACCUUACAAGCCGGUUUUGUAGGGUUGAGUUAGGCCCAAUACUCAUUUCUAAGAUGGUAUCAGAGCCUCUCAAAUUAUGACAUAGUAU